GUGGCGUCACCGGAAACCGGAAGUGUUACUCCCCACUUCCCAUGUCUCGCUUUCUAUUGACGGGAUGUAAGACCCUUCCAAACAUAUUUCUAUCGCAAAGCUCCAGACGCAUUUGGACCAGGUCCAUCCCUCAACCCGCAUCCUUUGGUUUCCGCUCCAUCCUCCCCCGCUAUCAUUACGCUCUCCGCCCCAGCACGAUGGAGCUCAAGGAUGUUGUAAAGGUUUUGGAGGAUCUCGCGCCCCUCUCGCUGGCCGAGCCGUGGGACAACGUAGGCCUGUUGGUGGAGCCAAGCGAGCCGCGGCCCAUCAGAACCAUCCUGCUGACCAACGACCUCACCGAGGCAGUCAUGGAGGAAGCGCGGGCCGAAGAAUGCGAUCUCAUCAUCUCCUACCACCCCCCGCUCUUUCGACCAAUCAAACGUCUGGUCCAGAAGGACUGGAAGCAGCGAUUAGCUAUCCGAGCUUUGGAGGCCGGCAUUGCGGUCUUUUCGCCUCACACGUCCUGGGACAGCGUUAGUGGAGGAGUUAACGACUGGCUGGUCAGAGGACUUGGUAGCGGUCAGGUGUCUGUGCUCAAUCAGGCCUAUGUGGACAUGCCUUACAGUCACAUUGUGGAAUUCCAAUGCAGAAAUGACACAUUGGAUGUUCUCCUGGCGGAACUGAACGCUUUGGGUGGAGUAUUAGUACAAGAUCCUCUCAGAUGUGAUGCCACCAAGACUCAAGUCAGCCUAUACUGCAGCGGUUCAGUUCUGCCUUCAGUUUUUGACAGAAUCACACGAUACAUCGACAAGUCCCUCCGCAUUCUUAAAGCAGAAAAGCCCCCUCGAACGGGCCACGGUCAGGGGCGACUCAGUGUUUUGGAUGAGCCGGUAACCGUGGCAACUGCUGUGAAGAAAAUGAAGUCCCACUUGGGUUUGCGGCAUGUCCGUUUGGCCCUCGGACUGGGAUGCACGCAAGAAUCCUUUGUGCACACUGUGGCUGCGUGUGCGGGAUCGGGAGCCUCGGUGCUGAAUGGCGUCCGAGCAGACCUUUACGUCACCGGUGAAAUGUCCCACCAUGAGGUGCUGGAUGCAGUUGCCACGGGAACCAGCGUCAUCCUCAGCGAUCACAGCAACAGCGAGCGCGGCUAUCUGUCCGUGUUCCGAGAGAACCUCAUCGGGAAGGUUCCUGCUGAUGUUGUCGUGAUGGUCUCCAAGGCUGACAAGGACCCCCUGGAGGUUGUGUGAAGAGUCAAGGGAUUGUUUCUAUACUGUCAAAUGAAUCCAUAUUCUCUAUGGAUUCAUCUUCCAAAAUUGGAAGAUUAUGGACUAUGUUGUCAGCAAUAAACCACCGCGGCUCAUUUGUUGAAAAAC